UUUACCAAAAUCAAGUAGGGUUUUGGGCGCGGAGGAAGGCGAGCGGAUUGGGGCUAGUUGUCUGCUCUUCGCUUCAGCCACCGCCAUACCCGCCACCGUCGAGCGGGACGGCCCUUCAAACGCCUCUACCGACGCCGCAGCUCUCCCUCUCUCUCGCUGCCCUCGCCGUGCGUCCUUCCUGUCGCCGCCGCCGGCGCCACCCCUCUCCUUGCCGCCCUCCGCCACAGCCACGGUCUUAGUGGGAACGAUACCAUCAGUUAUCUUUUUUUCCCUUCGUUCAGAGACAUGGGAAAAGGAUCGAAGAGGCAGAGAAAAGCCGCAAGAAGGUCCAUUAAAAGCGGCACCAAAGAUGACGCCUUUAGGGAGGACGACAUGGACGACGAGAUAGAUGCCUUUCAUAAGCAGCGGGAUGUGAUUCCUCUCGACGUCAAUGAUGAAGGUGAUUCAGAGGAUGAAGAUUUUGAGGAGCCUGUGUUUGAUUUUGAGGGUGGUGUUCGUGAUGAUAGUGAUGAUGUCCAAAGCGAUGAUGAUGAUGGUGGUGGUGAUGAUACUGAUGAGGAUGAUAGUGAUGUUCGGCCUAAGGGCUUUGCUGCAAAAAUUGCAAGACAGGCAAAAUAUUUACAACAGAAGUUUGGAGGUGGAGAAGAUGAAAUGGAUGAACAGGAAGAGGAGGAAGAAGAAGAAAGGAAGGUUGUAUGGGGUAGGAGAAAGAACUUGUAUUAUAAUGCCGAUAAUGUUGACUAUGAGCUUCAAUCGAGUGAUGAAGACCUCCCCAUGGAAGAGGAGGCUGAGGUUCUGAAGAUUCAGAGAGAGAAGGCAAAGUCUCUUUCAAUGGAAGACUUUGGCAUUGAAGAGGCUGACCAAGAUGAAAGUGAUUCUGAUGAACGGGAUAAAACCAUUCAGGAAGCUUUGGAUAGAAAGAAAGUCAUGAGUAAACUUGAUGUGGAUGGUGCAUUGGAAGACAGCCCCUUUGAGAACUAUGAGAAGAUUAAGAAAGAUUUUAGUGCCCUGUCAAAAGAGGAGCAAAUGGAUGUUGUGUACAGUUCUGCCCCUGAACUAGUUGGCUUGCUUUCAGAAUUGAAUGAGGCAGUUGACCAACUUCAAAAAAUGAAACCAGUUCUAGGCAAGGCGAGAGAGAAAAAAGAUACCGUUGAUGGGGGGAUGCACUACUUGGAGGUGAAACAGAUUUUGCUGUUGACUUAUUGCCAAGCAAUUAGUUUUUAUCUUCUUCUCAAGUCAGAGGGGCAUUCCAUUCGAGAUCAUCCUGUAAUAGCUCGGCUGGUGGAGAUCAAGAACUUGGUGGAGAAGGUGAAGCAGAUUGAUGCAAAUCUUCCAUCCCAAAUUGAGGACAUUGUCAAUCAUAAUUCUGUAAAUGGCUUCAGUAAUAGACUGGUUGGGAAAAGUGUUCCACUGAAACCUGAACCACAAACAGCAGGCCAAUCUGCUAAGCCACUUGAAGCAGCAUUGGUUAAUAAAACAACUGAAUUAGCAAAGGUCGACUCCUCAAGGGAUAAUCAUGAUGGAAGUGCUGAUCAGAAGCAGGAGGAUGCUCAAGUUGGAUUACAAAGUUUGGAAAUGCUUAAAGUAAGAGCAAAUAUCGAAGAAAAGUUGAAGCAGAAAGGCUUAUACAAUUUCACCAGUUCAAAAUCUGAGGAAAUGCAAAAUCAUACCUUGAAGCCAGUUAACCGAUCUCUGGAAACAGUAUAUGAUUUUGAUGAUGAGGUGCAGCAGAAUGCGGUAGGCCGUCGCAUGAAUAAUGGUCAUGUGAGUUUUUUGAAGACAAGCAAACUAUCUCAGCUGGUUGCUACUAAAGCAAACAAGUCUAAGGUUACUUCUGGUGAUGAUGACUUGCCCCAGCGAGAUGAUAUUGGAGAAAGACGGAGAAAACAUGAGCUCCGUGUACUUGCAAGGGCUGGAGCAAAUCCUAUGGAUGAUGAUGAUAUGGCAGAUGAAGAUGGUAGUCUAGAAGAAAAUCCCAUGGAUAUUGAUGCCUCAGAAGAUGGUGAUGCCAUAGGCUCUGAGGAUGAAUUCUACAAAGAGGCAAAAAAGCGGAGGACUGAAAAACUCAAGGCGAAAGCAGAGCUGUAUUCAAGAAUUCCAGCUAUUCCGUCAUCAGAGGAACCAGAAGCAGACGGUAAGAGGCAGAUCACAUACCAGAUGGAGAAGAAUAGAGGUCUCACUCGUCCUCGGAAGAAGCUUACUAAAAUUCCAAGAAAGAAAUACAAGAUUAAGCACCAAAAAGCAGUCAUCAGACGGAAAGGGCAAGUACGGGACAUUAGGAAGCCUACUGGUCCAUAUGGUGGUGAGUCAACUGGAAUCAACACCAGUAUCAGCAGAAGUAUUAGGUUCAAAAGUUGAGAACAUCAUCAAAUUUGGAAUCAUGAGUGCAGCUUAAGUGGAUGAUACCAUUUGUUUGGGCCAAGUUUUGAUGUACAAUGUGGAUUGGCAUAGUAUCAUACUGCAUAUUCAAUAUUGGGCUCUCCUGUUGGUAUUGACAUUUUGUACAAUGCAUGAGCUUCCUAUUUUAAUUUAAUGUGGGUUUCUCC